AUGUCAAGUCGACGAAGGCGAUGCCCAGUAGCAUACCUCCUCACCAUCAAGCAAGGAGAGGAGGAAAGCCUGAAGACGUAUCUAGCCCGGUUCAACAGGGAGCGCAUGACCACCGAUGACCAAGACAAGAAGAUAACCCUGGCGGCGCUUCUGGGAAGGGUUUGGUGGCGAUCCCAGUUCAUGGCCGAGCUGGCAAGAUGGACUCUCUUGACGCUGCAGGGGUUUAUGGACCAGGCCGAUAACUUCAUUAAUGUUGAAGACACUCUUUGGGCCCUAACGGAGUCGAGGAAGAAUGAGCUAGAGAGAGCAGAGAGGAAGGCAAGGGCCCAAACCAAUGCCAAGGUCCAAGAGAAGCCGUAA